AUGACGAAUUGCAAAUCCGUGGUCACCCCAACAUCUGUGAAAUCUGCUAAGAUAAGUUCUCCCUCUCCUGAUUUUCACAAUCCAUCUCUUUUUCGUCAAUUAGUAGGAUCCUUACAAUAUUUAACUCUUACCCGACCAGAUAUCACGUAUGCCGUUAACAAAGUCAGCCAACAUAUGCAUCAACCGUCCGAGAAGCAUUUCGAAGAUCUCAAAAGAAUUUUGCGCUAUAUUCAUGGAUCUCUACAUAUCGGUCUUCCACUCUACAGCAACAGCAUCACUCUCACCGCUUACGUAGACUCCGAUUGGGACGGUGAACAAUCUGAUCGGAAAUCUACAUCCGGGUAUUGCAUGUUCUUCGGAAACACUCUCACCUCCUGGAGUGUCAAGAAGCAGGCCACCGUUGCUCGCUCAUCGACUGAGGCAGAAUAUUGA